UCACAAUCUCAGAUUUGACUUCCCGCACGAGGAGCACUCGGGAUCGGGAGGGGAGGGAUGACGAGCCAUCGCCGCCCCCGCUCGACGGCGGCGCCGCCGCCGCUGGAGGACGAGGACCUACUCGCCGAGGUCCUCCUCCGCCUCCCGCCGCAGCCGUCUUCCAUCCCGCGCGCCUCCCUCGUGUGCAAUCCCUGGCGCAGUCUCCUAUCCGAUCCGGGGUUCCUCCGCCGAUUCCGCCUGCACCACCGCCGCAGCGCCCCCCUUCUCGGUUUCUUCGAUAUCAGUCACGUCCAGGGAAGCUUCCACGAUAUCUACUUCAUACCCACCAUGGAUCGCCCCGAUCGUCUGCGGGAUCGCCGCUUCUACUUGCCGGCUACCUACCCAGACUACAGCUACCGCAGGCUCGUUGGAUGCCGCGAUGGUCUGGUCCUCAUUCUCCAGUUACCAUGGAGGUGCCCCCGGAGAGCACCACCGGCAUCGUGGCGCCCGGUCCUGGUGUGGGAUCCUGUUAGCGGCGACAAGCACCCCAUUGCCUUCCCCCAGGGCUUUGAUGACUAUAAGCUCUUGCGGUGGUGGAUCAAUGGGGCGGUGCUUCGCCGCGAUGGGUUAGAUCAUUUUCAGGUAAUCUUAAUAGUGCCGGAGGAGGAGAAACAAAAUAGGCGAUUGCUUGCCUGGGUUUAUUCGUCGGAGACCAGCGAAUGGGGUGAUCCCAUGUCGACGCUGCUUCCAUCCUGGGACUUUUUAAGCAAUCCGGACAAGCCCGCCGUGCUGGCUGGGAAUUCUCUCUACUGGAUCCUUGUUGGUAGUUCAUCAAGCAUCAUUGAGUUUGAUUUGGAUAGGGAGAGACUCGCCGUGAUACCUGUUCCGCGCCAAUUGCAUAUGAUUCACAGCAGCCAAUACUCGAUUUUGCGGGCAGAUGGGGAUGGGCUUGGGUUCAUCUUUCUGUUAAAGUGGGACUACAAAGCUGUGUUAUACAACUGGAACACCGAUUGUGAUGGUGUUGGUUCAUGGGUGAUCUCAAGAAUCAUUGAGAUAGACAAGCUACUUUCUCUGAAUGCGGAGAGGAAGUACCAGCUACUUUGCAUGAAUCCAAAUGAUGAGUGCACAAGGAUGCUAGGGUUUGCGGAGAAGAACAAUGUGAUAAUCCUGGAGACUUUUAUCGGCCUGUUUAUGAUUGAACUUGGCUCAUUGCAAUUGAAGGAACUUCCCCGAACCAAUUGGCACAAAUUCGACAUCCAUCCAUUUGAAAGUGUCUAUGCUGCAGGUACGGGCAUUGAUGCUGGACAUGCUGGACCUGAAGUGUUGCACAAUGCAUAAGGUGAUUGUUCACACAGAUCUGCUAUCGGGAAAUACAAAUUGAGUAGGUAUACUGGAGAAGCCGAAAUGGAAGAUGGCUUCUUGGGUGUGUGCGUGGAAAUUGCCUCUAUGUGUUGCUUGCACUUGUGAACUGUGAAGUGGAAUUUUUUCAAAAAGGGCCACUUUAUUGGUUAAAAGGUUUAAGCUGUGAAGUGGAGUUUCAGGAAUCAAUUGCUUCAUUUGUUGAAUGUCUGUUAUGUUGUACCUCUACCCGAUUCUGGCUGAUGGAUGUUGAAUAUUGAACUGAACGCUGCAAUCAACCGCCAUGUGCCACCCUACAGCUCGAUGAUGUCCGUCGCCGGUUGUUGUACUGUUAGAAAAUAUUAUCCUAUGUUGCAACUUGUUGUGGUACUGUUAGACAAUGUAUGUUCCUAUGAUGCAGAUUGUUGUUGUAUUGUUAGAAAAUAUGUUUGUAUGUUGA